AUGAGAUUUUUUUUUGAGGAUGUUAGAACUGGUAAUCUCAGAAGCGUCACUGGAAGAUUAGCAGAGCGUCUUGAAGUCAUUAAUUACACAAACUGUGUUCAAUGGUUUUUAUACUGAGUCUGAGAAAAAAGAAGCAAGCUGAUGUGCUUUUGUGCUUUCUGUUCUGCCCAGAGGUUCCAGGCAACUCACCAAACAUAGACUUGAAAUAGUUAGAUUUCAGUACAUUUAAAUUGAAAUGGUAUAACCUGGUGGUUAUUUAUUGCUUUGUUUUGUUUUGUUUUAAACAAAUUAUUCAGCCUGCCCUGGGUAAAGAUACUUACUGAAUGAUAGCUGCUCAGAAUGUGAUUUGUGGGUAUUUCACCACAUUGUGCUGAUGCUAAACCAUUGGUUAGCAUUACUGCAGCACUACCUCUCCAGCUCCCAGCUACAUUUAGUCAUGAGAAAGACUUGAUCUUAGCUAAACUUGUUGCUGUUUCAUGAAUAAAUGUGAGAAAAAAAACCCUGGAGAAACUCCUGGUGCUAUGAAAUAAUGUGCAUGUCCCUCAGCUAUCUGGAUUUUUGUUAGGACAAAGGAGGCCAUUCUCUUUUUGUACGACUUUCGAUAUCUGGAAUAUCUGAAAUAGGCAGCAUUUGACAAAUGCCUUUCUCUGCAACAACAUAGAUUUUUGUGCUAGCAUAGCUUGGAUGUUUGUGAGCCAGAACACUUGUGGGGGUAGCUCAAGACAGAGUGGCAAGCUUCCCCUGAAACCACAGACUUUAUAUUAUGGCAAGCAUGCAACAAGCCACUCUAAAUUUUAAUCAAAAGAAAGCUUGAGGUAAUGAAUGCUGUGCUGACACGUGCUUCUUUCUCAGGAGAGGGUGCUGAGAGUGUUUUUCUGUGUUAGAAAAACAUGAUGCUAUUGAAGAAGAGCAGCAGAGAAGCCUGUUAACAAGUGCACAAGAUGGCUCAUGUUGGUUGUUCAGGCUUUCACCUCUGAAACAACAAACUACUGCUAGCAAAUAAGAGUGCAGAACACUCACUUUUAGGGGAUCCUCUAUGGAGAAAAACCAGUCUCUCUCCCCACCUGUAAAACAGAUCUUAGGGUUGUUUUCUAUUUCUGUAUGCUGUAGCCCUUCAACGUGCAGGUGAGCUGUCUGUGUUUGUGUCUGUGACUUGAGUGAGAAUCCUACAUGAAGGAUGGCUUAAAGGAAGCAGCAAUAGUGGGCUAUGAAAGCAGGUGGGAUUGCAUGCUUAAGUUUUGCUUACGGAUGCAUCGUGACGUACUGCUUCUCUUGCUUUUACAGUCUGGUCUUACUGUCACCUUUCCUCUGGUUGACGCAAGGCUUCACAAGAAAGAAUGCAGAAGGAAACUGAGGAAACUGUUGUUGAAUCUCUGAGGCUACCAUGAGCUACUCACCCCUUCCACCAGUGGCUGGAGCAAACACAGUGGAAGAGCAGAGGGCUCGCUGGGAGAGAAAGCGCAGCCGCACAGCCAAGGAGCUGCUGGAAACGGAGCACAGAUACCUUGAGCAGCUGGAUUUGGUGGUAACGUUCUUUGUGACAAUUUUAAAGGCCAAAGGGACACUGAAACCUGCUGUAAUGGAAACCAUAUUUGGACCCCUGGAAUCCAUAUAUUCUGCCAGCCAAGUUUUGUCGCUUCACCUGGAGAGAGGCAAUUUAGGAGUAGGAUUGGAAAAUUUCUGUCAGAAAUUGGAGCUCUAUGGUCACUAUGCUGAGAAUUUUGAACAGGCAAAUAAAACUUUGAUGGAACAAUUGAGGAAAAAUAAAUCAUUCCGACGUUUUAAGAAGCUCCAAGAAACUCGACCUCAGUUUCAAGGGAAAAAGCUAGAGGAUUUGCUUCCUUUGCCUCUGCAGAGGUUGCACCAGUACAAGCAUUUCCUCAGAGACCUGCUGGAGAACACCAGCCCAGGCAGUGCUGAAUGCCAGAAACUUGCAAGGACUGUGAAAUCUGUUUCUGAGGUAUCUCAAUGGGUUCAGGACGUUGUUCGUAAGAGAGAGAACUCACUGCAGCUACACAGGAUUCAGAAACUCCUCAAAGGACAGAAGAUCCAGGUGUUGACUCCAGGGCGCUGGUAUAUCCGGGAAGGCUGGCUUUUGGUUGUGCCCUCAAAGGGUGAAGAAUUGAAGCGCAGGAUGUUCUUCCUUUUUUCUGAUAUCUUCAUUUCAGCAAAGCCCUGCCACCCACUGCAUCUGCUGAACUCCAAUAAAUUUGCCUGCACAGCUGUCUAUCCCCUUCACCAGUGUGUAGUGGAUAAAGUAUUUGGCCACACUCAGAGUGAGGGAGGGCUGCUCAGUCUCUCCUUCCCACACAAGACACUGUUGUUGAUGUCCACUGACCAGCAAGAUAUUAAUGACUGGCACCAGAGUCUUACAACUGCGGUCAGGCAGCUGAAAGCCUGACCCAUCUGAGUACAAGACAGCCUAGCAGGAUGACUGCCUCUUGAGAGAAGCCAGCAUAAAUUCAGGAAACAUUCAGGGACGUACAGUAGGAGAGUUGUGUUUAGAGGAAUGCUGAGCUUGUGAGAUUAGGAAUGCAUUGUCAGCUCUCUUAAACACCUGUGGCAAAAAAAGGGUAUGCACAAUCAAUUUGUAAUUAAAAAGACUUUCCCCCAACUUCCCUUAGUAUCUUCUAGCUUUUUUACCCCUUUUCUCUUGAGAUUAUUAAAUCUAAGUCCCACUAGAAGAAACCUUCACUUGCUUGCCCUCAUUAAAUAUUUUUUACCCAGAUCACCACUGGCACAUUUGAGCGUCUGCCUUCUCUUACUUCUGGCUUAUAAAUUCUUCGAAUAAAAUGGAUGUUUUGGCUACUAGUAAUGUAGACAUAACACAGGCUUUUCAGCUAGUGCCAAGGGGCCACAGUGUUCCUCCCCUGACAUUGAUUUUUCAUCAUUCGUACCCUUCUGUUUUUUACCAAAGUGUUUUGAGUAGUUUACCCUUCCUCCUCUGAGAAAGUGACAAGUAGGCAGAUAAGGGAAAACAAUGCCUACCUCUCAUCAAAUCAACAAAAAUUGAUCUGCUGAGAUAACUGAGAUGAACUGAUAGGCAACAGAGUCACACUUAGGAAACAUGGCUCGCAUUUCUGAUCUGAGUCCUAAGAAAUGAUACAGUUGAAACAGCAGUGAAAAAACUGGGCAGUAAUUCUGCUCCUGAAGCAUGGUGGGAAUCUGCGGAGGGAUAGAAUCAGCAUUCUGGGGCAUUAGAUUGCAGAGGUUGUGCUACAGUUCAGUUUGCUGGGGCACAAGACCAAGUUAUGGCUGCAGUAGGCUAUUCUUGAAUUAAAGCCUCAACAUUAACUUUUAAUAUGGGGAAGCUACACAGCAACAACAGUUGGUUCAUUUCUUCAGUUAUGGAGAAAAUACCUGUAGAUUACGUUAGGCCAUCUAGUGCAAGGCAUGCAAUUUCUUAUUUCUAAUGACCUUAGAAUUGCACACCCUGCAGGUGAUGACCUAACCUAACCCCACCUUCAAACAGAUUAAGGUCUCUGCAACAUUCACUUUGCCUUUCCUUACACGAUAUCUCACACAUUUUAAAUUUCUCAUUGGAUUUCAUUAAAACAGAAGUGAGUCUGUGGGAGAAAGCAUGACUGAAUUGUAAGCUCUUUCAUGUGAGUUAACACGUUUCAGCUAACACUUCACUAUCUAAGAUUAUUGAGUAGUCUUAGCUUGUAGACACUUAGAGGGAGAAAGGAACACAAUGUCUCUAUAUCUCUUCCCCAACUCAGAAGCUACAGCUAGGACUGAACAAA